AUUUGUUGAUUUCAAUGGAAAAUUUGAUUGGGUCUUCUUUUCAUGCUGCCUUGGAUGAGGGAAAAAAUUAUUAGUGGACGUCAGAAAUUGUUUAAUAUACUGCACAGACGAGAAAGUGAUUGCGAAAGUAGCGUUGAUAUAUUUAGUGAACCGACAAUGUUUGUGUCUGAUACAAAUAUUUUUAGCUCAGACGUUAUAAAAUUAAAAGUAAUCAGUGGUGAAGGAUCUGUCUGGGAUUUUGACGCCGUUCCUGAUCUGACAAUAGACAAAAUAAAAACAAUGGCUUUAUGCCACUUUUACAACCCUCUGGAAUGUGUUAAAGUUGCAUCGAAAUAUAAACUCGUUUCAGUUAACGAGAAGAAGUGUCUUGGGAACGAUAAUACAGUUUUGCAAGAGGGUCUUAGUUCUGGUGAUGAACUUAUACUGGUGGAAUGCAGGCUGCCUUUGGUGAAGGAAGACCCAACAGAAGAUCGUUUGAAGGGUCCCUCCGACCAAGAAAUCUUGGCAGCAACUCAAAAUUUAGAAGAAAAGAAUGUGACUAAAAUUCACCCACCCGUGGAAUGUACAACUGAUUUCCAGAGCGAGAUCCGCAGGAUCCUGAUAUCCCUGGUGGAGGCGUCUGCGCGCAUCCUGACGCCCAGCCCCAACGCGGACGAGGUGUUUGCGCUGAUCCGCGAGCGCCUGGAGUCCAGGAGCAGCUCCGAGCCGGACAGCCACUCCCUUAGGCAGCUGGUGGACAUGGGCUUCAGCGAGCAGCUGGCCGCCGAGGCUCUCCGUCGCAACAGGAUGAACUCGACGGAAGCGCUGGAGUGGCUGCUGGCGGGCCAGCCCAGCUCGUCCGUGGCGAGCACGGCCGGCGAGGAGACGCCGCGCCUGCCCGGCGAGGACGAGGCUGCCGGGGCGUCGGGCCCCACGGCGCCUGGCAGCGACGCGCCCCAGAGCGUCGCCAAGAGAGUGGCGUCCCUGCUCGAGUCGUUCCGGGCCUUCAAGAGGAAGGAGUUCAAGCCCAACCCGCAGGCCUUCCAGAACAUCGUUGACAUGGGCUUCGGCGAGGACGAGGCCAGGGACGCCCUGCGCGUCGCGGGGAACAACCAGGUCGCAGCGUGCGACUGGCUGCUGGGCGAGCGACGCAAGAGCCCGGAGGACGUUGACACCGGCCUCGACCCGGAGGGGCCUGUCUACAAGGCCAUCAUGUCCAACCCCGCCAUCCAGCUGAGUCUCAGCAACCCCAAGAUUCUGCUCGCGUUCCUGUCGAUGCUGGAGAACCCGAGCAGCGCCAACAUGUGGAUCAACGACCCCGACGCGUCGCCCGUGCUCAACCAGAUCUUCAGGACGUACCACGCGGAGAAGCACGCCCUGCACGUCAACAGCUCGGUGGAGACACAGCGACGGGACGACCUCCAGGACUAGCGCUGUUCCCCUCCCAGCGCUCCCGCGAGGACCAGACGCUUAGGCUGGGCCAGUGGUGUUUCAGGUCACUGUUUUAUUUCACCCAUUUUAUAGCCAAAAAAAUUACUUGCAAGCUGCGGAAGCAGUAUACACAAGUUCAUGUACUGAAUCCAGUUUGUAGUGAUUUUGGUCAUCAUUAAAUUAAAACCAGUUAAAUUCAGUUUUUGGAGUCCACACGAGAGAGAAAAAAAAUUUGGUGCAAAUUGCAGAAGUUUUUGUCAUUUUUAUCGAGAAAAAAAUUAAAGGACACAAAUAAAAUGAUGUAAAAAAAAUGAAAUGUAAAUAUUGGAUAACACGAAGUCCACACAGUGGCCCCUAGAUUUGCUAAUGUUUGCAUCACUGGAAUGUUGCAGAUUUCAAAUUUUAAACUAACUGGAAUAUAAGUGGCUAUAGGUGGUUACUUUUUGUAUUCAAAGUGACAGUGUUGUGAAAUAACUCUGUAAAUACAUAUUAAAAUAAAUUCUUAUUAACGUGCAUUUGACCACAUAAGGACUAACACCAUAAACUUACAAAAUGUCUCUGGGUGUAUAUGAUUAUAGCAUUAUAGGAGAUAAAGGUGCCAGUAAGUUUUUGUAUGCCUUAACUCUAAUAAUUUAUAAUUUGAUUCCCUUUUUUCUUGCAGUGUAAAGCAUUUAAAUUUUAAUCACCUCUGCUAAUACUUUGUUUGAAACAGGAUUGUUCAUUUUUAAUGCCUCACAUCAUGAUUCGGCUUGCGCAGUUCUAGCCCUAUAGGUUAGGUCAGUUUUUCUUCAUUUCAUUUCUGCUUUGAGAACCAUUUGUUAAACGUUACAAAGUCACACUGGCAGCUGAAAAUUUUAUUAAUCUAAUUCCUGCAGUAAUCUGGCAAACGCCAGAGAUCCGGUGAGCACGGACAGUUUGUUAGAUGAGAAUGUUAUGUCAUCACAAGCAGACUGGUGAAGGAUUCAAAUGGGAGGUUCAUUGUAUGGUGCCAAAUUUUACAUUGCACUAAUAUUUAAAUUCCAACUGCACACACAUGCUGAAAGGUCCACCAUUGUUUUUGUGUUUUAAACUAUGUUGCUUUACUAUUACUAACUGCUGUGUUGUUUCAGAACUAAUGUAGACUGUUGUAGCUGCAAAUAAGUCUCAGCGUCAGUUGACGGAUUACUGUCGCAGAAGGGGAGUUCUGGUGCGCAUCACUUUGCUAUAAAACACUUAAGCAUCAUUCAUAAAAAUAAAUUAAUAAGAAUAACUUUAUUUAUACACUUGCAUUUAGUCUACAAUUUCAAAAUAAAAUGUAUUGAAAUGUCAUAAUUUUUGUUUGGGUUUUUUCAUGGACAUAGUUUAACUUUUAAUAAAAGUGUGUGCUGUAAAUGUUGGUAUGGUCCACGGGCUUGAUAAUGUGGUAUUGUCGCAGAGCCUUUGAGAGCAGACCUGAGGGCAAAUAAUUUUGUCAAGCCCCUUUUGAAUUAUUUAAUGUACAACUUUUCAAACUCUUUAAUAAAAAAAACUAAAAUGUGUAUGUGUGUGUAGUCCACGCAUGACAUAAGUGAAA